UUGGGGUUUGAUGAAGUCAAAUGGAUGGCGAGGAUCUCCCUUUCAGAAAAAGUUGCUUAAACCAACAUAAAUUUGAUUUUACGAACCAACUUUUAUUCUCUCAGACCGUUUUACGUAACCGCCGACAUUCUGUUUGCAGAUCGACUUGCGUGAAGCCCCGCAUUUUUCUGAAUCGAAAGUAUCUUGGUCGCUUCAUUUCUGCAUCAAAUUCUGGUUCUCAGCGUGACGCUGGUUUCAUUCUCUGGGUAUCUCAAUUGGGUCCAUGUGAGGGCAUUUCAUUAUCAAAAUGGAAUAUGAAUGCGCAGGAAAGGAGAAAAAAUGUCUAACUCUCAAAGCAGAUAACGAAAGAAGGCCAUUGUGGGUAUCAGCAAUGGGCAGCAUAAUCUUGGAAACAUCUUCAGAAUUUUACAAAGAAGCCGCCGAUUUCUGCAUUGCAAUUGCAGAGCCGGAGAGCAGGCUUCGGCACUUCCAUGAAUACAAAAUCACACCAGCUUCAUUAUACGGUGCAGCCUCUGCGGGCUUGGAUGCGGAGAAAAUGAUAAAGUAUCUCAAAAUGCUGUGCAAGACUGAUCUUGCCCCUGAGAUUAUUCAUAUGAUUCAAAAGCACACUGAAAAUGUGGGGAAAUUGGCUUUGUAUUUGAAAGAUGGGAGUAUUGUUGUGGAGGGCAUUUCAGUGCAACCCAUUAAGACCAUUUUGCCCUACGUAAGGGACGUUGUUAUAGAGAAAAUAUCAGAAAAGAGUUUCAAGAUCGAGCCAUUGAAGAUUGAGUUUGUGAGGCAAAAGUGCAGGGAAAUCAAUUUUCCUCUUGUAGAAAUAUAUGACUAUAAGAAUGAUAAGACUUGUCCUGACUUGGGCAUAAAACUAAGCCCUAAAGCGCAGCUUAGGCCUUACCAGAAGAAAAGUGUGGAUAAAAUCUUUAUAAAUGGGAAGGCCAGAUCUGGGGUUAUUGUUCUUCCCUGUGGAGCGGGUAAAUCGUUAACUGGGGUUUAUGCUGCUGUUCGGUUGGGGAAACCAUGCCUGUGCUUUGCAAACACAUCAGUGUCUGUAGAUCAAUGGGUUUUUCAAUUCAAGAUGUGGAGCACAAUUGGGGCUAAUAGAAUACAAGGGAUUACAAGUAAUACCAAGGCCUGUGAGGUUAACUUGAAGGCAGAUAUUUUGGUUACUACUUAUAGUAUGUAUGGAUACACUGGUCAUAGGUCUAAGGAUUCUGAGGAGAUUAUAAAGGUGAUAGAGGGAAGAGAAUGGGGGUUGAUCUUGAUGGAUGAGGUUCAUAUGGUUCCUGCAAGGAAUUUUAGGGAUGCUGUUGCGAGGACCAAAUCACACUGUAAAGUUGGGCUGACUGCGACGCUUCUUAGAGAGGAUGAGGCUAUUCAGGAUCUUGAGUUUAUCAUCGGCCCCAAGGUUUAUGAGGCGAAUUGGCAAGAGUUGGUAGAGGGUGGGUAUCUUGCAAAUGUAGAAUGCUAUGAAGUGUUAUGCCCCAUGUCCAAGGAAUACAUGAGAGAAUACUUGAAAACCUAUCACUCAUAUCAUGGUGGGGGUUUCUAUGGUGAAGACAACAAGAAUAUUCAACACACUCUCUAUAGUUCCAACCCCAACAAGCUCAUGGCUUGUGAGUAUCUCAUUAAAUAUCAUGAGCAACAACGAGACAAGAUCAUUGUUUUUUCUGAUAACCUAUUUUCUUUAGACCAAAUUGGUACUCGAUUACAGAAGCUCAUAAUUCGUGGAGAGACUAGCCACCAAGAGAGAACUGAAGUCAUCAAAAGGUUUAAAGAGUCUGAUAAAGGGUUCACUGUUUUGCUCUCGAAGGUGGGAGAUACAUCACUGGAUCUGCCAGAGGCGACAGUGGUAAUUCAGAUAUCAUCUCAGGGUGGAUCAAGGAGGCAAGAAGCCCAGCGGCUAGGUCGUGUUCUACGUCCAAAGCCCACCAAAGACAAAUUUGGCGUUAUAACGGGUGGCCAAGCUGUUUUCUACUCUCUUGUUUCUCAGGACACCAUUGAAAUGUGCUUUGCCAGUAAAAGACAACAGUUCUUGGUGAACCAGGGCUACACUUUCACCUCUAUGACUAACAUUCCCACAAAGGAGGAGUCUUCUUCACUCUUAUUUUCUAGGGAAGAUGUUCAGGCCCAGCUGCUUCACCUUGCUCUCCAAAGCAAAUGUGAUCAGGAACAGAAACAGCCGCCUGAGAAGAAGAAGAAGAGAGAACAUAAAAGUAGUUUGUUCAAAAAGAGGUUCAAAUGAUUCCUCUUAAGGCCUAACUGGUUGAAAUUAAUGGGUUUCAAUUCUAAAUUAGUUUAUACUAUAUGGUAUUGAUCUCUAUUUUUAUGCUGAUAGGUCUAAAUCUAUGAUAACA